UGAGGGACAAACAGUGCUGCCCAUAGAGUGAACGAGAGUCCUUUGGGGAACAAAAGGAGAGAUUUCCAGGGGCAGAGCUACGCAGGGAGUGAGGGACCGAAAGAGCUGCAUGUGUCUGGCUGGGUAGAAAGCAAAGAAGAGAGAGACGAGAAGUGUCUGAAAACAGCUCUCCGAGGACGAGGUGCAUUUCAGAGAAAGGCACAGGAGAGAUAGCGGAGCUAUUUCAAGAGCGAGCAACAAAAGGGAACGUAAGCAUCCGCAGGCUGUCUAACGUACACGAGGAAGGGUCCAGAGGCAGUGAGGGAAGGCCAGGGCCAGGGCCAAGGCCGGGUAGGCACCAUCACUGAGGGGAUGAACUUCGCAGUGGGUUUCAAGCCGCUGCUAGGGGAUGCACACAGCAUGGACAACCUGGAGAAGCAGCUCAUCUGCCCCAUCUGCCUGGAGAUGUUCUCCAAACCGGUGGUGAUCCUGCCCUGCCAGCACAACCUGUGCCGCAAGUGCGCCAAUGACGUCUUCCAGGCCUCGAACCCUCUAUGGCAGUCCCGGGGCUCCACCACUGUGUCUUCGGGAGGCCGUUUCCGCUGCCCGUCUUGCAGGCAUGAGGUUGUCCUGGACCGACAUGGUGUCUACGGCCUGCAGCGAAACCUGCUAGUGGAGAACAUUAUCGACAUUUACAAGCAGGAGUCUUCCCGGCCACUGCACUCCAAGGCUGAGCAGCACCUCAUGUGUGAGGAGCAUGAAGAGGAGAAGAUCAAUAUCUACUGCCUGAGCUGUGAAGUGCCCACCUGCUCUCUCUGCAAGGUCUUUGGCGCCCACAAGGACUGUGAGGUGGCCCCACUGCCCACCAUUUACAAACGCCAGAAGAGUGAGCUCAGUGACGGCAUCGCGAUGCUGGUGGCGGGCAAUGACCGUGUGCAAGCCGUGAUCACGCAGAUGGAGGAGGUGUGCCAGACCAUCGAGGACAACAGCCGGAGGCAGAAGCAGCUGCUAAACCAGAGGUUCGAGACCCUGUGCGCAGUGCUGGAGGAGCGGAAGGGUGAGCUGCUGCAGGCGCUGGCGCGGGAGCAGGAGCAGAAGCUGCAGCGCGUCCGGGGCCUCAUCCGCCAGUACGGAGACCACCUGGAAAGUUCCUCUAAGCUCGUGGAGUCUGCCAUCCAGUCCAUGGAGGAGCCGCAGAUGGCGCUGUAUCUGCAGCAGGCCAAGGAGCUGAUCAAUAAGGUCGGGGCGAUGUCAAAGGUCGAGCUGGCAGGACGGCCGGAGCCCGGCUAUGAGAGCAUGGAGCAAUUCACCGUGAGCGUGGAGCACGUGGCGGAAAUGCUGAGGACCAUCGACUUCCAGCCGGGCGCUUCCGGGGAGGAGGACGAUGACGAGGUGGUGUUUGAUGGAGAAGAGGGCAGCGCGGGGCCGGAGGAAGAGCGGCUGGAGGGCCUGCACUGACCCUCCCCCUGCGGGGGGACCCGCGCUCCGGUCCUGGAGGAUCUGCGCAGAGACCACCGCGCCCCCCGCCCCAGUUCAGCGGGGAAAGCUCAAUAAAGGGUUGACGCACCCCAA